AUGGACAUUUGGUUACAAUGUUGGAUGCGGCAAAUGAUGAACCAACAAAGAAUUGUAACUGUUGAUGAAAGUGAAUUAGCCUCUGAAUUGUGUUUAGCGGCAACAAUAACCUAUCCAGUCCCGUGUUUGUGUGAAAUGAUUAAACAGGUGGAAAAUAGAGACGAAAUUAAUUUUGAAUGUUUUAUUUGUUUCCCCUUCAAGUUAGUGGAAUGUAUUUUGUUUGAACGCGCAACAACAUCUACCUCUUCAACAACAAUAGCAUUACAACCAAAUAUCCAUUCCGCCUUUGUCCCAAACAUUGUUUCCGCUGUCUCUUCAACUAUUAAUUCAAACGAACAUUCUUUGGAAGAACAAAAACAUUCAACAACAAAUCAACAAAAACAACAAACAAACAUUCCAACACAACAAAAACAUUCUUUAUCUGCACUAGAACAACAACAAAAACAUUCAUUGCAACAGCAACCGGUUAAAAGACACCCAGUUGUUGGUCAAUUAUCUACAAAGGCUACAGUUAUUGCCAAAAUGCUUGUGCGAGCAAUGCAAUUGUUAUUAUGGGCUGGAGAUAGACGAGUUUUGGAAAAAAGGGAAAGGGAAAAACGUAUUCAACAAUUUGGGCUUAUUACACAACAACAACAACCUUCAGAACAAUCUUCAUCUUCUAGAAAACGAUCCCAAAUAGAAAUAAAUGAAAGUGAGGAAGGACAACAACAAAUGGACCAGACACCCUGUAGUUCCUCUUCAAAUGAGCAACUACAGAAUGAAGCUUUAGGAAUUCAGAAGAAAAAAAGUGUUGAUGUAUCUUCUUCUGUUGUUGAAACUUGUACUUCUUCAAUGAAUGAAACAACAACAACAUCGCGUUUGCCUAAAGAUGCGUUAAAGGCACAAUUAACUGUUAGCAAUGUUUUUGAGCGUUUUGAACGAAUUGUUCGUGAUUGUAACCUCCGCCCACCUGUUACUUUUAUUAUUUUCUUCAUUCACGAAUUGGCAGCGGCACCUCAAACAGAAUAUUGGCGACGUCUUGUUUCUAUAAUGCCUGUCAAUUUAAUUUUUGGAUUGUCUCAUCUAGAUCCUCAUGCAAUUCCUCUCGAUCUUUUUAUGCGUUUGUAUGAUCCAAAGGAUGAAAAAAACCGAAAACUUUGUUUACAUUUUGCUUUUAUGAUUAAAAAACUUGGAAAUAUUUAA